CCCACCCACUGCAGUCUCUGGGUCUGGGCUGUCCCAGGGAAGGGCUGUCAGCUGUUCUGAUCAUCACUACUAUGCACUGAAUAAAUAGAGAGAAGGCAUCAAACGGAGACACAUCGGGGAAUUUACUGAGAUCGUGAGAGAAGACACGUUUAUCUCAAAAAGGAAUAUCAACAAUGGGAACAUCUGCCACCUCUGGUUCCCAAAUCUUUACGGUGUUGCUCUGGACAGCACUCAGCAUUGCCAUGCUUAUUAUAGGUUCUAUGCAUGUGGACAACUGUCCAGCUGAGCCAAAUAUCCCGAUAUACCUGAUAGUGGCUGGUGUCUUUCAUUUGUUGGGCUUUGCUCUCAGCCCAUUAAAAUUUGUUGCUGAAAAAGUGGCAUAUGCAAUAGGGGGUGUUAUAGGACUUUUCUCUUUCUGCUGGUUCAUUGCAGGUAGUGUCUGGGUCUUUAGAAUCUACCAGUAUAAUCCAAGAGCCUGCAAUGAUAUGGUUUACAAAUUUGCGUUUGGCAUCUUGAUCUUCGAGUACAUCUUUCUAGCGGCUCUUGUUGCGGUAGCUUGCCUGUGCACAUUGUGCGUAGGGUGUCUGGCAGGACAUACAGACACAGAAGUUCCUUCCACAAUGCGAUCUCCAGAAGAUGAGGAAGCCUUGAAAUAGAGGACCAUCUGAGUUUGAUGAGUCAUCGUAAUCUUGUUUACUCUGGCCAUAAUCAUGAAGGCCAGCAAGUAUUGGAUUUAGACACUUCUUGUACAAUCCAGAUAUAUUGAGUAUCAUGGUUCCUGCCUCUGUUGUGUUGUGAUUUAAAAGUAUUCUCUGAAAUUAUUCCAAUCUUUCACAGAUUCUUUUUGUAUCCUGAAUCAAAUACUUUCUUUAACAUUAUACAGGUUUGUUUAUUUUAUGUCAGACAGUGUUUUAACCGCUCAAGGACACAUGACAUGUGUGACAUGUCAUGAUUCCCUUUUAUGCCAGAAGUUUAGUCCUUAAGUGGUUAAAGCCAAAAAAUAAAUAAAAAUAAUUACUGGAUACGCCUUCAAAGAAAUAACUUUGAUAAAUCUAGUUCUUCAGUAAAUAAAAAGAACUCCGAAAUAAUAUUACAUUUUAAGACUCCUCCAUAGUUACAUUAUCUAGUUACAAGUGGCAGACUUUCAUAUUUUCAGUCCGAUUGUUUAGCCGAUGGAACAGCCUAGAGAUAUAAUAGUCAAACAUAGUUGGAUCUAUUGUAUCCAAGAGAAGCUAUAACACCCCAAAUGAGAGUGGUUAUAUUGUAAAGCUAAAGAAGCACCAUCUUUGGGGCCUGCUGUAUUCUUUUAAUAAUAAACUAAAUAUCGUGAAAAUCUAAUGUUGUAGUACCCGAAUACAGUGAUUGUGUAUUGAAGUAAACUCAAAUACACUGAACAUUGUAUGAAUUACACUGCAAAUUUUGAUUCUAAAAAAAAGGGGAUAGGACAAAGACUGGGAAAGAGGAGCAAAAUCACACAGCCCAAUCUUGUGAGCAAGGUCCUUUAGAACGAGAUGUGGGUGAUGCUUUCAUGUUGAACGUCUUCAAGAUAUGUUCAAAUGUCACCACAGUGUUCCCGAUAAAAUGAGUCACAUUUUCCAUCUGUUUGUUUUAGUAUGGCUAAAGCUCCAUCGAGGUGAAGGUUCCUUCCAAUGUCUAGCUGUUGCAGAUUUAGUACCUAGGAUCUGUCUUUGUCUAAUCUUAAACAGCCCUUGUGGUCAUGUAUGUAACUGCAGGUUCAUAAAGCUCUGGUGGCUCUAAUUUGUGAUAAGGCAGUCCAAGGGGUAUAUGAGCAUGGUUUGUACGGACAAUUACAUUCAAUGUUAAAAUGUAAUAUUUAGUUUUUAUUUACAAUUUACUUAUUAAAAUGUUAUCAGGUAAUCUAUUAUUCCACCAUUUCAAAUGUUCAGCUAGUCACCACUUUGAAAUUAAAGAAAGGAAAAAUGCCAUAAACAUGACAAAAUUUAGGGUUUAGUCUUUUGUAAAAUUUAUAUACUAUGGCACAUCCUUCAUAUGAGCUGCUUGUACUUCAGGUCCACAAAAUCACUUUUAAUUAAAGGUCUAAUAUACCA